AUGGAUUGUUUCUCAAAAAUAAAUACUACUAAAUUGUUUUAUAUUUAUAUAAUAUUAAAUAUAUUUAUAAUUAACAAAAUAUCUUCUAAAUAUGUUGAAGGUCGAUUUUUUAUACCAACUAAUUGGUAUUAUUUGGAUAAAUUUUGUUUUGUAUCUGAAACAUCAAAAUUAACAUAUAAUUUUAAGUAUCCUACAGAAUUUGGAACUCAAGUAUUAUAUUUAUAUUAUGAUACACCUGAUCAAUGGUUAACAGCAUAUAAUCAUGAAUUAACUUGUGAAGAGAAAGCAUCAAUAGCUACCAAAAGAAAUAAUCAAAUUGUUCCAAUGGUUAAGAGUGAGAAUUCAAGUAAUUAUGGUGCAGAAUGUGAUAUAAUAACUUUGUUUAAUAGUACAUGGUAUAAUUGUUCCGGAAGUAAAAGAUUUAUAAGUGCUCGACCAAGAUGGUGGUUUUUUGCUAUUGCUAAUUGUAAUUCAUCACAUGGAUUAUAUUUAGAAUAUUCAAUGUUAAUGGUAAAUAGAGAUGAUCCAGCAAGUUGGUUUUAUCAUUUUUCAUAUGAUGAAUUUUAUAUAUUAAUAAGUGAUAUAAUAUUUAUUGUUAUAAAUGUUAUAAUUUUAUCAAUUUCAUUAUUUGUUGCAUUUGUAUUGAAAAACCGACAUCUUUUUCAUCAAACAUACAAACUUUUUUUAAAAUCACAAUUUGUUGAAAUAUUAUCAUUAAUUUGUAUGUGUAUAUAUUAUAGUAGAUAUGCAAAAGAUGGACAUAGUAUAAAAAUAAUAAAAGUAAUGGGAUAUAUAUUAAGAGGUUGUUCAAGUAGUAUAUUUUUAUUUCUUUUAUUAUUAAUAUCUAAAGGUUUUACAAUAACAAGAGCACGAAUAUCAAAUUCUGGAACAAUAAAAAUAAUGAGUGUAAUGGCAUUGUAUCUUCUUAUAUAUUUUAUAAUGCUUUUUUGGUCUUUAGAAAUAUUUGAUAGAGGUAUUGUAUAUCAUAUGUUUGAAUCACUACCAGGAUAUAUGUUUAUGGGUUUACGUAUUAUAGCGUGGAUAUGGUUUUUAAGAUGUUGUAUAAUAACAAUUAAAAAAUAUCCAAUUAAAAAGAAAUUUUAUUGCUCAUUUAUUCCUUUAGUUAGUGUAUGGUUUUUAUCUGGUGCUACAACAUUAGUAAUAUCAAAUUUUUGGUUAGAUAAUUGGGUUCGUGAAGAAGUAGUAAAUUUUGUUGAUUGCGCAUUAAUAACAUAUGGACAUUUAGGAUUUCUUUUUUUAACUUUACCUUCAAGUGCAAAUCAAAAUUUUCCAUAUCAUGUAAGAACAACACAAGUUUGUGACAUAAAUUAUCCAACAAGUAAUUAUGAAUUAAAUGAAACACAACUUCCUGAAGGUGGAGAAAUUAAUAGUGAGAAUAUAUUUGAAAGUCGAAAUAUUAUUACAGAAAGAAAUAUAAUAAGUUCAAAUAAUAUACAAAAUAUAUCAUCCCCUCUAGAUUUAGAACAUUUCUCUGCAAAUCAUAAUACGAUAGUGACCACGCAAUCAUCAAAAAAAUAA